AUGUCUAAUCAUCAGGAUUUUAAUGCAAUUAAUUUGCAGAAAUCAAGCAACAUUCCUGAUUUGAAUCAGUUAACCAUCAUGGAUACGUCAGCGCAAAAUAUUCCUCAGCCAGCUAAGCAUAUGGGUGAUCUAAUUAAUAGUCCGACUAAGCCUUCGAUUGGGGCACAGGAAAAAAAGAACCAAGAAGAUCAACUCCUGCAGAAUGGGAGCGUUAAAGUUUCUAGAAAAAAUAAACAACAGAUACCGAAGAAGACUGGGGCGGUGAAGGAAUCUUUUGUUCUAAAGAAAAAACAAACGGGUCUUGCAGUAUCUUCUAAGUCUUUCAAGCUUCCCUCUAAACCUCAAUCUUUAUCGAGGGAAUCUAAGGAGAGAAUUUUUUUGAGUUUGACUAAAGGUGAUACAAACAUGUUUCUCAAUGAUAUAGCUCGUAACGUGAAUCCUUCUCCAAGCUCGAAUCUGGCUCUUAGUUCCAUUUCCGGGAAACAGGAGAAUGGUCAGCUUCUUGAGAGGGGCCAGCAAAAUGGGAAAAUCUUAAUACCGGACGAAGAGUUUAAGGAGACUAAUGAACCCCCUGAUGCUUUGGUUAAAUCGGUGUUAGGCAAUCAGGCUCACAACAAUUUGGUGGAUUCAGAUGGUGCUUCCAUUUCGGGAGAUUUAAGUGUGCAAACUAGGGGCUGGAAAAAAGGGCUUUCCCCCCCUAAUAAAAGACCUCACAAGAAGAUAUCGUAUUUGUAUCUUAGUGCUUUUGGAAACCCGUAUUGGUGGACUGCGUGCAAAGCAGGAGGCAUAUGGAUUCUUUGGAAUUCAUCAGAAGUGAAUAUCCAAGUUCUGCAUACUGAUCAUCAAUUUAUUCAUUCAAAGAUAAGCUGGCUUAAUUAUCAUAAGCAGGAAUUUUUCACCUUUGUUUAUGCUAGUCCUCGGCGUCAAGAGCGUCAUGCUCUAUGGGAUGCUUUGGAGAAUAUUCAGCCGCAAAAUAAUAAUGAAUGGUGCAUUAUGGGUGAUUUUAAUACUUACAUUCACUCGGAGGAGAAGAGGGGGAGUUCAGUUCACAAUUGGAGGAGCAUGCAGGAUUUUCAAGAUUGUCUUAUGUCUUGUCAUCUUAGUGAUCUGGGGCACCAAGGUCCGAGUUUUACUUGGAGAAGAGUGAAGAGGUGCUGGGCAGGUGGUCACAAUUGGAAAGCAUCUAGUGAAAACUUUCGAGAGAAAGCCACAUCCUGGCAUAAGGAUUGUUACAAGGAGGAGGAGAAGUUAAAAAAUAAUCUUCAUUCUCGCCUCCGUGGAAUUGAUUAUAGCUUAAGUCAACAUCCUUGUCAUUCUCUGGAGAGGCUGCAGAAAGAGAUCUGGCAACAGUUGAAUACUAUUUAUCUUAGAGAAGAGAUUACAUGGUACCAAAGAUCUAGAACUGACUGGAUUCGGUUUGGUGACCGUAAUACUAAAUUCUUCCAUUCAGCAACAGUUGCCAGGCGUAGGAGGAAUAGGAUUGAUGCCCUUCAAAAUGAUGUCGGGGAUUGGAUUGCUGACCCAUCUCUUCUCAUGAGUAUGGCAGUGGAAUACUAUGAUAAUUUAUAUAAGGAAGAUAUUCCUCUCCGGCCUAAUUUUCCCAUUAGGAACAAAUUCCCAGAAAUGGAAAGGAGAGUUAUGAUCAAGGAUUUUCGUCCGAUUAGCUUGUGUAAUGUUAUUUAUAAAACAGUAACAAAAAUUGUUGCUAACCGUUUAAAAUUGCAGAUGGACAAGCUGGUUAUGCCUAAUCAGUGCAGUUUUAUCAGAGGUAGACAAGGUACGGAUAAUGUCAUAAUUGCUCAAGAGCUAAUCCAUUCAAUGAGGAAAAAGAGAGGAUCUAAAGGUUGGAUGGCGAUCAAGGUUGAUCUUGAGAAAUCAUACGAUAGGAUCAGUUGGAAUUUCCUUCAGGAUACCCUAUAUGAUGUAGGGCUUCCUGAAAAUUUGAUAAGACUAAUUAUGUUGUGUGUUUCAUCUUGCACUAUGAAUGUUCUUUGGAAUGGGGCUUGUACUAAAGAAUUUCGGCCAACUAGAGGCUUAAGACAAGGAGAUCCUCUUUCUCCUUAUCUUUUUGUCCUCUGCAUGGAAAGACUAGCCCAUCUCAUUUCUCAGGCAGUGGAUCACAGGAGGUGGAAGCCAGUGAGGAUUAAAAGGGGAGCUCCACAAAUUUCCCACUUAUUUUUUGCUGACGAUCUCCUUUUGUUUGCAGAAGCUUCUCAGGAGCAA